CACAUGAUAGAAAAUAGAGAAAAACAAAUCUUGUGAUUCUCUAAGAAAAGUUUUCUAAAUUGUUCGAGUCGCUAUUAGAUUAACAUCAAAAUGUCAGGAAAAGACAGGAUUCCAAUCUUUCCUUCAAGAGGAGCUCAAAUGUUGAUGAAGGCUCGUCUUGCUGGUGCACACAAAGGACAUGGACUUCUUAAGAAAAAGGCUGAUGCUUUGCAAAUGCGAUUCCGUAUGAUUUUAAGCAAAAUCAUUGAGACGAAAACAUUGAUGGGAGAAGUAAUGAAGGAAGCUGCUUUUUCAUUGGCUGAAGCGAAGUUUACAACAGGAGAUUUCAAUCAAGUUGUUCUCCAGAAUGUCACCAAGGCUCAAAUAAAGAUUCGAACCAAGAAAGAUAACGUUGCAGGUGUCACUCUUCCAGUAUUUGAAUCAUAUCAAGAUGGAUCAGAUACUUAUGAACUUGCUGGUUUGGCUCGUGGUGGACAACAGUUGCAAAAGUUAAAGAAGAACUAUCAAAGUGCAGUGAAAUUGCUCGUUGAGUUAGCUUCUCUUCAGACAUCUUUCGUGACUCUUGACGAAGUCAUCAAGGUUACAAAUCGCAGAGUGAAUGCUAUUGAACACGUCAUUAUCCCAAGAAUUGAUCGGACUUUGGCUUAUAUCAUCUCAGAGCUUGACGAACUUGAACGUGAAGAAUUCUAUCGUUUGAAAAAGAUUCAGGAUAAAAAACGAAUUGCCCGUAAAAAAGCAGAAGCUUUGAAAGAAGCUUUACUUGCACAAGGUAUUGAUACUCGUCAAGCUGUUAAUAAUAUGCUUGAUGAAGGAGAUGAAGACAUUCUAUUCUAAAGCCACUAAACAAACAUUCACUGUUAAUAUUUUUCCUCAUAAAAAUUCCACUUUGAAUCGGUGAUUCUAUUCGUGAGCGAAAUGUUGGUAAGAUAAUUCAAAUCGAUAAUAACUAUUUUUUAUCACCAAGAUUUUAUCAUAUCUUGGUGACCUUUCUUAUCGUUUUGAGUGUUGUUUGGCUUAUAUUUUAUUUCAUCAUCUCCAACUAUAAAGGAAAAUGUUUUAAAUGUCCAAAAAAAAAUAGAAAAAGUAAAUAUGUUAUGUAUGGUAAUUGAUUCCAAUAAAUUAAUGAUUUAAACAUCAUCUAAAUAUAUAAAAGA